CCAUUUUUAAUUAUCCUCUUCCCAAACACAAAAGCCUUCGAUAUCCCCCACUCCACCUCUCUGCAACAACCGCAAAGGAACCCAGAAACCAAAAUGAACUUCGAGAAUUUCCAGAAAGCACUAUCAGAAUUCCAAACCCAUUGCAACAACGUAGUCCAGAAUCUCACCGCCAACCUAAACCUCCGUCCAAACCCUCCUCCGUGGGCCCGGAUAGCCCAAAACGCCGUCAAACCCAUGUCAACGGAGGCAAUUGAGAAGCGCCUCGAAGGCGUACCCGUUUACGCUCUCAGCAACGCUACCGACGAGUUCUUAUUGGUCUCCGGGGCCUCCACCGGAAAAAAUCUCGGUCUAUUUUGCUUCAAAAAAGAAGACGCUGAAGCGUUGCUUCAUCAAGUAACCACUAUUGAUCCUCUUAUGCCGAGUGGUUCUAAAGUUGUUCCUGUUGCUCUUAACAAGGUGUUUCAACUUAAGGUUAAUGGUGUUGCGUUUAGAUUGAUACCGGAGUUUGAUCAAGUCAAGAAUGCUAUGCAUGAGAGGGAAAAAUCUGGCAUUCCUUCCGGUGACUUUUUCGGUGUUCCAGUUUUCCAGUCCAGAAGUCUGGUAUUGAAGAGCCAGAGUAAGAGAUAUCGUCCACUUUUCUUCAGAAAGGAGGAUUUGGAAAAUUCACUUGAAAAGGCAGCUGGUCAGCUUAAUAGAAUAAAAUCUGGUGACAUCGAGGUUUCUGCUCUAGAGGAUGUAAUAAAGGAAAUGAAGGAAAAUUCUACAUCAAAAUGGGAUGAUGUUAUUUUUAUACCUCCUGGAUUUGAUGUUUCAACUGACUCCAAUGGGCAAUAGUGCAUGAUGAUCUAUAGAUGAAAUUGGUCAGUCAUGUCACUGUUUGUAUUUCUACUUUCUAGUAUUAGCUUUUAAGAUUAAACUCAUGGCACAUGACAAUCAAUUAUUUAGGUUUAUUGAAUAUGACAAACUUCUGAUUGCAAAUGCAUAGUCUUAAAUACUAACUGCCAUAUGAAUUGUUAAUGGAGAGUUUGGAUUUUUCA